GUGACACAGAUGGUCUUGUUAGCAGAAUAUACAGAACUGUCACGCUAAUGAGGACAACAACAUCGUUAAGUUUGUGACGUUAUCAAAAACAGGCUUUAAUUACAACUCGCAGAUAAAUAUGGAGUUCUAAGAUUGUCAGUUUCCGUCUGAGAGAGAAGACAGGAAGGAAGGGGAACAAAGGGAAGAAGAUCAGCACCUGCAGAAUAGUUUGAGGACUAAGGAGAAAACUUAUGUAGAUAAGAGAAGUUACAGGACGUGAGUAUGAGUGCUACCGGGGACCUGGAAGACCCCCAGCUGGCAGAAACGGACCUUGUGCCAGGUGAUCCAUCACAGCAGAGAGAAACCCAGGACGGGUCUUCUCGCCGAUCCCUACAGCCUACAGAAUUUGAGACUGUUUUCUUGGAUAAUGAAAGUGCAUCUGCAGACGUUGUGGGAGAAAGGACAAGGGCUUGGAAAUCUGCCCCUCCAUCUCCGUCCUGUGAAAGGAGAGGUCUCUCAGGCUCAGUCCUCUCGCUUCACACUGAAGAGUUCCUGGAGCUCCUCUCCACAGCUCAGACCAGGCGCCUGGAGGAGCAGAGGGCGGAGCUGCCUGAGCUGGUCAUCCCGCCCAAGCGCCACUACUCGGUGCCUUCGUACCGCCAGUUUUCUCUCCCCUCUGAUGAAAAAGGAAUUGUCACAGAGCUGCAGCGUCGGAGAGGGGGGUCUUGGGCCAGCCGGAGCCGUAGGAGGAGGCCCCCUUCAAUAAAGGUUCCAGCCCAAGAGGAACUGUACACCAAGAUCUUAGGGCAUCAGGCUGAGCGAAUGGAUGACCAGCGCAGUUCUCCUCCAAUACCUCAAGCCGCAGCUGAUCUUUUUGAGAUCUUAUUCCGUCUCCAGGGAAAUCGUUUGGAUGAACAAAGAGUGGAACUGCCUGCACCACUGGGGGGCACCUGCUCUUAGGAAAAGAUGGGGUGAAGAGCUUGGUCCACCCUUUUGUUAAAACUAUAAUCGUGAGUCCUACUGUCUCCUACGUAUCUACUGUGAAGGUGCCACAACAAAGGACAGAAAGCAUUUUUCGUUUGUCUACUCAUCAUUUUUCUCAGAAGUAGACAGUGGACCAUACAUGAAACCAGGAGAGGAGGUAGACUUAUAUUGUUUGCUUUUAGAAGACAAGGUGGGGCAAAUAUUUUUCUUUUGUUGAGUUAAAACAAAAAGUUUGGUUUUUUUUUCCCAAUAACUGCACUCUCUUCGCAAAUUGGCGGUGGAGUUCAGGCGAUCUUCACUUUAAAAUUUCCCAGAUGAUUUGUGAGGUUUCAUCUUCUGGGACUCAUUUGCUACAGAACAACUUCUCAUAGUCUCAAAGCAGUGCCCCAAGGCCACAUGGCACACAACUGUACAGUGACCUUCAUAUUAUUUUUCUCGUGGCAAAACCGCCCUUCAAUAGAGUUGUCCCUCACUUGAAAAUGCAUUCCCACCUGUGGCCCUGUUGGACAGCUCUUUACCAUAUCGGGAGUUGGAUUAUCAUGGAAACUAUCCCAAUAUGCGCUUUUGUUUCUUACAAAUGUGCAGUUUGACCUCAUUGUCUCAUACGUAUGUGCACAUUACUGGCAUUUGUGGGCCGGCUUUGACACAGCGCUGUGACGGUGAACCGCCAACUUUGAAUAUUUGCAAGAUGCCCAGUUUAGCAUAUAUCACACAUCUGUUGGAAUUAAUGCAAUCGAUUGUUAGAAAGGUUUGUGAAUAGAGCGGUGAUAAAUUCUUCAUUCUUCCAUAAGAUAAUGAUCAGCUGAUCUGUGUUUGUAUUGGGAUUCAACCUAUGUAACCCUAGAGUGAUUCCAACACUGCUGUGUUCCUGAGGAAUUCCAUAAUUAUGGCAGAUAUCAGCCUGGAAACCAUUGUCCAGCCAAGGUUUAUCGAUUAGGGUCAUGAAUCAGACUAUGGUUAGAGCACAUUUUCUCUGAUGUGUCCAGGUGGCUACAGCAUAGAUCAGCCACAGAUAAACCAAUCCAUAAUCCUCUAUCAGAUGAUCUGGAUACUGGCCGCACAGAGUAGAGACCAGUCGAUGUAGGAAGAUUGUGGUACCUUUACAAGGGCGUAGCUACCAUUGGUGCAGGUAGUGCAGCUGCUAUGGGGCCCAGAGCUGAGAGGGGCCAUCUUCCCUGUCACAGUUACAUGUGUAAUAUACAUGGGUGUGGCUACCAUAGCUGCAUGGAGUGCAGCUGCUAUGGGGCCCAGAGCUGAGAGGGGCCCAUCUUCCCUGUCACAGUUACAUGUGUUAUAUACAUUUUUCACCAUUGGGUGGUAGGGGUCCUUUCAAACUUUUUACUUGCAAUAUAUCUAUGUAUGCCCCUGAACCUGCUCAUUGUAGUGUGGUAUAAAAUGAACUGGAGGGCAUUAGGAUGUUAUAUAAUAUGAAUCGGGGCACUGUAAUGAGGCACAAUAUGAACGGGGAGCACUAUAUAUCAUAAUGUGAAUUGGGGGUACUGUAUGGCAUCAUGGGUACUGGCAGCUCUGAAAUGUGACAUAGGGUGAACUUAAGCCCUACUCCUGUGAUUCAUAAAAGAAACUAGGGCACUAGUAUUGGGCAUAAUCUUAAAUAAGGCACUAUUAUGGUUCAGAAAAUGAACUAGGGUGCUACUAUAGGGCAUACAAUUAACAACUGCUGCAGAGAAGUGUCUUUCUAGAAGCAUUGGGACAGGGGCCCCUUCAAAAUGUUGCUAUGGGGCCCACAAAGUUCUGGCUAUGCCCCUGCACCUUCAUAUGAAACAAAGUUCAUAAUUCCAUCUUUAUUUUCCUGACCUGCAGACCUUGCAUGUAGGAGAUGCUGUUUUAGUGUCUCUUCUUGAAGGGAAAUAGACAUUAUCAAUGGCCUCUUAUGUAUACUAUAGAAGGUUGGUUGCAUAUAGGUAACAUAAGUAGUGUCAGUGCUCCGUGAAUAAUUUAAUUCAUUUCUGCCAUUUGUAUUUUGGUUUGGUUUCCUUACAGCCCUUCACCUAAUGUUUCAUUCUUUUCGGCAUCUAAGUAGUAAUGGGCUGGAAGCCCUACCCACGAUGCACUAGGAGAUAAGUGGUUACUCAGAAUGACUGCCACAUCUCUGCUGCCGAAGCCAGUAACUCUGCAGCAGAAGACUCAGACACUGACCCUGGCACUCUUACAAAAUGGAGGCAACAGUCCCAAUCUCCUCCCCCAAAUGGCCCCAGCAUGUCAGUCACAGCUGUAUCAUGGCACAUACGCACUGCUACUGCAGCGCCAGCGCAGUUUAAUAAACAGCGGAAUGCUGCGACUGAAUCGGUCCAGCGUCCAUCUUUCAAUCAGCCACUAUUUCAUUUAAUUUCACGUUGUUUGUUUUUUUUCUACUAAAUGCCACUAAUUAGUAUACUGUAAGUUGGACUAUGCUAAUAAUGUAACAAUUUUAAAUAAUUGUCUCUCAAAAAAAAUGCUAUUAUGUAUGUGCUAUGAAAAACGAAUUAAUAAAUACAGACAUUUUUACUGUA